AUGUUGAAAUUAAGGCAUAAUAUUCAUUUUGGAGGGAAUCAAUGCAAAACAAUUGCUGAGCGAACUGAAAGAAACACACUCAGUUGUAAUUCAAUGAAAAGAGAAACUGUCAAUUAUUAUCAAUUCGACAGCUUACCUAUAGACUUUCAACCGUCAUCUCAUUCAAAUCAAUUCAAAAAUGAAUUCCACCAAUUCAGUCUACUAUUCUUCUUCUUAUCAAACCAAACAGUCAAACAACAGCAGCCAAGUGGUACCAUAGGGUGUUCAGUCGGCUUAAGGCAUGAUCUUAUUAUUAGCCGGUCACCUUCGUCUCCACCACGUCGUCGUCGUUCAAGAACUCCUCCACCACGCCGUCGUUUCUCACCUGCACGUAGAAGCCGCUAUAAUGAUGGCCGUGAUAAUCCGGAACCGUGUUCUUGUCUUGGUGUGUUUGGAAUGUCGCUUAAUACCACUGAACGUGAUUUAAAACGUAUAUUUGGUGAAUAUGGCGAAAUUGAAACGGUGCAGUUGGUUUAUGAUCGUUAUAGUGGUCGUUCACGUGGGUUUGGUUUCGUUUAUUUUCAAUCGACAAAGGAAGCGAUAAGAGCGAAAGAACAUCUUCGUGAUGCAGUAAUUGACGGGAUGCGAGUGCGUGUCGAUUUCUCAGUAACCAAGGGCGCACCAAAUACCACACGUGGUUCAAGAGGAAGAUCUCGUAGUCGCAGUGUCGACAGCUAUCGUAGACGUCGUUCACGAUCUUGA